AUGUCAACAGAAGCUGCCCAACUGGCACAGGUGUUGGAACAGACCAUUUUGAGUCCCGACGCUACCGUGCGUUUGCAAUGCGAAACUCAGCUCAAAAAACUCUCCAACGAUAACUUUCUACAGUACGUCGGACUGCUGGCACUCGUGCUGGGCGACAGUAGUAACCGGUUGGAAGCGCGUAUUUUGGCCGCUCUAUCGCUCAAAAACGAGCUUGUCAGCAAAGAUACAGUAAAAACACAACAGCUGGCCCAAAGAUGGAUCUCCCAAGUGGACGACUCGUCGCGUGCGGCGGUUCGCAACUACGGUUUGUCUGGACUCAUGGACCCAGAACCCCGUGUGGCCAAUGCUGCUGCUCAGUUGAUUGCAGCCAUUGCCACUAUAGAAUUGCCUCGUAACGACUGGCCCGAUUUGAUGAAGAUCAUGGUCGACAACACCGCUGCUCAGCAACCGGAGAAUAUUAAGAGAGCUUCCUUGUUGGCUCUGGGGUACAUCUGCGAGGCCGCAAAUUCCGGUUCCGAAAGUUUGGUCGCACAAUCCAACAACAUCUUGAUUGCCAUCGUUCAAGGUGCCCAGGCCAGUGAACCUUCCAAGGCCGUACGGCUCACCGCCCUCAACGCCCUGGCUGAUUCUCUUGCCUUCAUCAAGAACAACAUGGAAAGAGAGGGAGAACGCAAUUACCUGAUGCAAGUUGUGUGUGAGGCUACACAGACCACUGACGACUCCGAUAUCCAAGCUGCCGCGUUUGGGUGUCUGUGCAAGAUCAUGUCGUUGUACUACUUCCUCAUGAAGCCUUACAUGGAGCAGGCCCUAUACGCUUUGACGGUGUCCACCAUGCAAUCCCAAGAUGAGAAAGUGGCAUCUAUGGCUGUGGAAUUCUGGUCUACUAUAUGUGAAGAAGAAAUUGAUAUCGCUUACGAGCUUGCUCAAUUCCCUCAGUCACCUUUACAAAGCUUCAACUUUGCCCUCACCUCGAUCCAGGAAGUCAUCCCCAAUUUACUGAAUCUGCUUUCUAGACAAAAUGAAGACGCUGAAGAUGACGACUGGAAUGUCGCCAUGUCCGCCGGUGCUUGUCUGCAACUUUUUGCUCAAAAUUGCGGUAAUUACGUGGUAGAGCCUGUACUGCGGUACGUGGAGCACAACAUCACCAGUGACAAUUGGAGAAACCGCGAAGCAGCCGUGAUGGCUUUCGGCUCCAUAUUGGAUGGCCCUGAUAAGGUUCAACUCACCAAUUUGAUUCAUCAAGCUCUCCCGCCCAUUAUACAUCUGAUAAAAGAUCCAUGCCUGCAAGUGAAAGAAACUGUAGCUUGGUGUAUCGGUCGAAUUGCCGAUUUGGUCGUUGGUGCUAUCGAUCCACAGACGCAUUUGCCUGAUGUUGUACAAGCCUGUUUGCAAGGACUAGAAGAUCACCCCAAAGUGGCAACAAACUGUGCGUGGACAAUCAUUAACUUAGUCGAACAAAUGGCCGAUACCCAGGGCUCUCCCAUCUACAACUACUACCCAAUAUUGGUGGAAGCGCUGAUGAAGGCCGCUAAUAGUACUGACAACGAGAACAGUGCGCGUGCAUCCGCCUUUUCGGCGUUGACAACUCUAGUUGAAUUCUCCACGGAUCAAGUCGCAGACUCUGCCAUUUCCAUUUCCUCAUUUAUCUUGGACAAGUUGGGACAAACCAUGGCAGUGGACGAGACCCAAUUGAACACAGAAGCGAAGCAGAACUUGGAAGAGCUUCAGUCUAAUGUGUUGAGCGUCUUGUCAGCGGUCAUUCGCAAGAAUCCUGCAUCUGUCACCUCGGUUUCUGACAUGUUGAUGGAUCUAUUUAUCAAGCUGCUGGAGAAGAAGGAUACUUCCUAUGUUGAAGACGACGUCUUUUACGCAAUCUCUUCCUUGGCAGCCGCCUUGGGCAAAGGGUUUGAAAAGUUUUUGGAAACUUUUUCGCCCUACCUGGUAAAUGCCUUAAACCAAGUUCAAUCGCAAGUUUCUAUCACGGCCGUGGGAUUGAUCGCGGAUAUUUCUAACUGUUUGGAGGAGGAUUUCAAGCCAUUUGCAUCCGCUUUCAUGAAUGUCUUGGGUCAAAUGAUCUCUGCCAACAAUGCUAAGAAAGAACUCAAACCUGCCGUGCUGUCAGUCUUCGGCGAUAUAGCGUCUAACAUUGGACCUGACUUCAUACCAUACCUCAACCAAGUCAUGGCGCUUUGCGUUGCCGCUCAAAACACACGGCCAGAAAAUGCCUCUCUGGAAGCUCUUGAGUACAACGUAAAGAUUCACGAGUCCGUUCUCGACGCCUACGUUGGAACAGUAGCUGGUUUGAAUGCCAACCCUGAUGCCCUUUUUCCUUACGUGGGUACUUUGUUCCAGUUUAUGAGCCACAUCGCAGACAAUCCUACGCUAAAUAGCGAAGACUCUACGGCCAGGGCUGCUGUCGGUAUUAUUGGCGACGUUGCUGCCAUGUUCCCAGACGGCAGAAUCAAGCAGUUUUAUUCCCAGGACUGGGUCACUGAAUUUAUCAAGAAAACCAGAAGCAAUCCUACGUUCAGCCAGUCAACCAAGGACACCGCCAGAUGGGCCAGAGAACAACAAAAAUUCCAAAUUGGUCUAAGGUAA